UCAUUCAUUCAUUUUAAAUGUUUUGACUUUGAUUAGCAACGUGGCUCAGAGCUCAAAUGCACAUGUGCAGGCUGCCACUUUAAGAGCUGAUCCGCUGCACCUCAUUGGCUGUUGCUGAGGGAUCCCGUACACCAAUAGGAUUUUAAAUUGUACAAAGGAAUCUAGUCCCUUCCCCCAUGCAGCUACAACGCUAGACUGCAAUGAGCUCAGGAUGGGAGAGCAAUAAGCGGUUGUUUUCUUUCAUUGUAAUACGCGAUCGCCCGGAGAUUUGCUCAAAGGAUGUGGUUUUGGUAGAGAAUGAGAUAUCUGUCACUACUAUGGGUACCGAUGCUGCUUUAAAAAGGACAUACAUGGAAAUGACCGAAAAAUAAAGGCUUUAGGAUGACAAAGAGAAAAGGAUACCGAUGCUGGAGAUGGCUGACUCUCUGGUGGCAUCAUUUCUUCCUUUUGUGGAAUAUAACAAACGGACAGGCGCGCUACAGCAUCCCGGAGGAGCUGAAACGUGGAUCUGUUGUUGGAAACGUGGCCAAAGAUCUGGGUUUGGGAUUAUCUGAGAUUUUCGACCGCAGGAUGCGUGUCGCCUCUGAGGCCGGCGAGCAGUAUUUCAGCGUGGAUGCGGGAAAGGGCGAGCUGGUAGUGAAUGACAGAAUAGACAGAGAGGCUUUAUGUGGACAAAGCGCCAGCUGCGUUCUACCGCUGCAGGUUGUCGUUGAGAAUCCGUUGCAAUCUCAUCGAAUAGAGGUGGAAAUAAGAGACAUUAAUGACAAUUCUCCGAGUUUUUUCACACAAGAGAUUAACCUGAAAAUACCGGAGUCGGUAGUUGUCGGCAAACGUUUCCCUGUAGAAAGCGCGGAGGAUGCUGACGUUGGAAGUAAUUCUUUAAAAACAUACUCACUUAGCAAAAACGAUCACUUCAGUUUAAAGCUUAAAGACACAAAAAACGGUAAAUCCGUUCCAGAGCUGGUGUUAGAACGCCCGCUGGACAGAGAGAAGAAUGCUCUGCAUCAGCUGCUACUGACAGCGUUAGACGGAGGAAACCCAGUCAGAUCAGGAACCUGUAGGAUCACAGUCACAGUCCUGGAUGUUAACGACAACUUCCCAGUUUUCAGCGAGAGUGAAUACAAAGUUUCCUUAAAGGAGAACAGCACUAAAGGGACAUUUGUGAUCAAGCUGGUAGCUACUGAUGCUGAUGAGGGUCUCAAUGGCGAAGUUAAAUUUUCCUUUGGGUCUCGAACUUCAGAUACUAUAUUAUCAACAUUUGAAAUUAAUGAUGUAACUGGAGAAAUUAAAUUAAAAGGUCCCCUAGAUUAUGAAACGAGUAAAUCCUACCUCAUCGAUGUAACUGCUAGAGACAAAGGGCUUCCUGAAAUGGAGGGUGACUGUCGUGUCCAAAUUGACUUAGAGGAUAAUAAUGAUAACGUUCCUGAGAUUGUACUGACAUCUAAACCCAGCCCCGUGCGCGAGGACGCACCAAGCGGAACGGUGGUAGCUUUAAUUGGUGCACGAGAUCUCGAUUCUGCUGAGAACGGAAAAGUAACGUUACAUCUCACCAAAAACGUUCCUUUCACUCUGAAACCUUCGUUUUCUAAUAAUUAUGAACUAUUAACAAACGGUCCUCUAGACCGGGAAAAAGUCUCACAAUAUAAUAUCGAAAUUACGGCUUUUGAUUCGGGCUCUCCGCCACUGUCCAGUAAAAAGAUCAUACCUGUCAGCGUGUCUGAUGUGAAUGAUAACGCUCCUGUGUUCUCUCAGCCCUCCUAUAACGUGUAUCUAAAGGAGAACGGAGUACCAGGUUCUAUUCUGUACUCAGUAUCAGCAUCUGAUCUGGAUUCAGGAGAAAACGCAAAGAUCUCUUACUCCAUCCUGGACUCUAAAGUCCAGGACGUCUCUGUCUCAUCUUAUGUUUACAUGAACUCAGACAACGGCAGCAUCUACAGCAUGCACUCGUUUGACUAUGAGAAGUUGAAGGUGUUUCAGAUUGUGGUCCAGGCAAAGGAUCAGGGCUCUCCGUGUCUCAGCAGCAACGCUACAGUCCAUGUUUUUAUCCUGGACCAGAACGACAAUGCCCCCACUGUUAUUUACCCCUCCUCCGCUGCCCUGGGCUCCCUCUCUCACCAGAGGAUGCCCCGCUCCGCUAAGGCGGGUCACCUGGUUACCAAGGUGACGGCCGUGGACGCUGACUCGGGGCACAACGCCUGGAUCUCCUACAGACUGGCGGAGGCCACGGACACCUCUCUGUUCACCGUCAAUCAGUACACAGGAGAGGUGAGGACUAAACGCGCUGUGUCCGAGCAGGACGAGUCCUCUCAGAGGCUGCUGAUAGAGAUCAAGGACGAUGGAGAACCGCUCCAGUCCGCCACCACCACGGUGUCCAUCCUGCUGGAGGACGGUCUCCAUGAGCCCAUGUUAGAGCUCCGACACAAAGCGUCCGAGCCCAGCAAGAAAACUGGCAGAAUCACCCUUUACCUGAUCCUGUCUCUGGCCUCGGUGUCCGUGCUGUCUCUGGUCACGUUUCUCAUCUUAGCGGUUAAAUGCAUCAGGAGCAGCAGGAGCAGCGGGAGCUGCUGCAUCAGACGGAGCGACUGUGAUGAUUACAAGAAGCCCAACAGGAACCUGCAGAUUCAGCUCAACACUGAUGGACCCAUAAAGUACGUGGAGGUCCUGGGAGGAGACAUGAUGUCCCAGAGUCAGUCCUUCAGGUCCUGCAUGUCCCCCAUGUCAGAGUACAGCGACUUCACGCUGAUUAAACCCAGCAGCACCACAGACUUUAAAGAAGUCAUCAGCGUUCUGGAUGCGUCUUUACCCGACAGCACCUGGACCUUUGAGAGCCAGCAGGUGAGCGAGAUUUAAAU